AAAGAGUACGUUGUACUAUAAAGUAGGUGGUAAGGUAGGAAAUAACAAGUGGAUAGAGAAACUCGAGAGAUCGAUCGACAAGAGGUCUGGCCGGGUUCAGAGCUAUAGCGGACCGAGUACUUGGAGAUGGAGGUGGUGGGAAUUAUAGGAGAAGGAAGCUGCUCAGGAAGAUCAAAGUGAGAGAGAAGUUGAUGGAUUUGUGGCACAAGUUUCUUUUCCCUCAUCAUCCUGUCAAGCCUCCCAAAACUGGUGCUGGGCUUUUGAAGCUUCACAAUGAUGUACAAAGCUGUGAAUAUCAGGAUGUCCAUGUGAUGUGGGAAAUGCUGAGGAAAUCAGAAUCAGGGCAGCCAAGAGGUCGCCAAUGCCAUCCCAAGCGCAAGCAAAGGCCCUUUUGGAGGCUCUUUCUGUGGUCUAAUAACCAUAAUGCAGCCUCAUCCUUGUCUGCAGAUCAAGCUAAUUAAAACAACAUUCACAUAGAUUUAUAAAUGCUGAUCUAAGAAUAAUCCGUUGUUGAUCGAUGUCCUACAGUACUGCUACAUGAAAUGGCAUCGUCUUUUAUGAUAAAAUUGCCAACAUGAUUGCAUUGUACAUAGUUUUUGCAAGUUUCCCCAAAUCAGCACAGGGGCCUUUGCCUAGGA